AUGGUGGAUGACUCUACACGCGCUCGACUGGACUACCUAUGGGCCGCUGCAGUGGCUGAUAACGAUUGGGCGUUCCACACGUCCAAGUCGCCAGCCGUGCAGAACUUCGUGGAUGCGGCUGUUGCCUUCGGGAAACAAUACACCCUCCCAUCCCCCUUCAGGGUUUCUGGUGUUUUGCUUCAAAAACUGGUAGCGGAUACCGAGGACCUUGUAAGGCCCCUGAAGGAGAGUUGGAACACUAGCGGCUGCACCAUCUCCGUGGACGGCUGGACCUGCAUGAAGAGCCGUGGGCUCGUGUGUGUCAUAGCCCACAAUGACACGGCGCCUGUCAUCGUGAAGACCGUGGACUCCAAGACCGCGAAGAAGACGGGGGAGUACUUGGCCGGCCUCAUCCGGACCUCAAUCGCCGAGGUUGGAGACAGGAAGGUGGUGCAGGUGGUCAUGGACAAUGCGUCCAACAACCGUAGGGCGGCCGACAUCCUCCGAGACGGUUUUCAUGCAGUAUUUUUCAACAACUGUGCGGCGCACGUCCUGGACCUGAUGCUCCACGACAUCGGGAGGGUCCUUGCUGUGCGGCGAGUGCUCAACCAGGUGCACAGGGUGGUUAUGAUCGUCAAGGGAAGCGCGUCUGCCGUCACGCUCUUCCACGAGUUGUUUAGCACUUUGUCCUUGGUGCGGCCCGGUGCAACACGCUUCGGCACGCAAGUUAUCAUGCUUGCCCGCUUCCUGGAAGUAAAGAAAGCGCUCAAGGAGAUGAUCAUCAGUGAGGAGUGGGAGUUGGUGGCGGUGGCGCGGUCUGAGGAGGGGCGAGCUGUCCGCCACCUCCUCUUGGAUGAGGUCUUUUGGGAGUGCGCGACAGCGGUCCUCCGCCUCAUGACACCCGUGUAUGAAGUGCUGCGGGUGGUUGACACCCGUGCUCUAGUCAUGGGCCAGAUCUAUGGCCUCAUGCUAGAUGCCACGGUGAAGACAAACAAUGCGGCAGAGGCGGCAGGUAAGCUCCAAAAUGAUGCUGAAACGCACCGCUCUCUUGCCGGCCAAAUGUACACCGCCAACGCUAGCCGUACUAAACCGAGUUGGUCCUCGCAGGACCCCACGCGACAUCAACCCAUCAAACUCCCCGUCAUCGCUGUUUCCGCCAUCGACAGCCAUAUCCCACGCACUAGUACCUCCCGCAACUUGCUCAACAUUCUCUACACGUGGCGAAGGGUGCUCACGACGCCGACGCGAGCGCAAUCCCUCCAACAUUAG